UGCGGGCAGAGCGGCGGCGGAGCCGGGACGGGAGCGGUGACAUCCGUAUCCAUAUCCAGAGCCGUAUCCAUGCCCGGGCUGUGGGAGCGGCUGGCGGGCGGCGAGCGGGGCCGCCUGGAGACCUCCGACUGCGAGUCGCUGGGCAGCGCCUCUGGCUCGGAGGGAGAUGCCGAGUACGCCGAGGGGGUGUCGCUGCCGGACCUGGACCUGGAGCUGCUGCACGACCCCGAGGACGAGCUGCUGUGCUCUAACCUGAUGGACGUGGUGCAGGCCACGCUGGGCCGGGCCCCGCUGGGCUCCAAGCGCUGUUCCCGGCUCCUGAUGCCGGCGCAGCUCCUGGCGCAGGUGCGGGCGGAGCUGCAGCGCCUGGCGCGCAGCGAACCCUGCGGGCUGCGCGGGGCCCUCCUCGACCUGUGCGUGGAGCACGGCAAGGCCUGCCACGACGUGGGGCACAUCGCCGUGGACCCCGCCGUGGUGCCCACUUUCCAGCUCACCCUGGUGCUCCGGCUGGACUCCCGCCUCUGGCCCAAGAUCCAGGGACUCUUCGCCUCGGGGCCGGCCUUCGCGCCGCUGAAGCUGAGCACGGGCUUCAGGGUGAUCAAGAAGAAGCUGUACAGCUCCGAGCAGCUGCUCAUCGAGGAGUGCUGAUGGGCCGGGCCCCGCUUCCCGAGUGCUUUGGAGGAGCCGGUCGGAGCGCGGCGGCGGCGGCUCGGGGCAGCCGCUGUAGUUUAGGUUAGGCUGGAGUAGGGCUGUAGGUGGAAGUAGUUUGGGCAGGUGGAGGUCCCCGUGGGGCCCCGCCUAUGCCGGGACAUCCCUGACGUGGAGCGGACCGGGACCCGGGCGGAGGUCGCUUCGCGCUGUCGAUGAUUGUGGGAUGAUCCCGGGAUGCUCCCGGAGGCGGCAGCGGGGCUGCUGGGGGGGGGCGGCCGGUCUCCUGAUGGCUGAUCAAUCGUGGGGCUCUUUUUUUGUAACGAGGAUUGUAAUCAAUGGGGUUUCAGGGGGCGGGGGAGGGAGUGAGUGAUGGCUGAGCCGUGGGUCUGGAUCAAAGACAAACCCCCUCCGCCGGCAGCCGGGCGGGAGGGGGCUCUGGAAUCGCGCCGUGUCUUUGAUCACGAGAGUGGUGGGAGAGGGGCACGUGAGGUGCCGCGGGGCUGGAGGGCAGGACCCCCGGCCCCGACACUGUGUGGCCGCUUCAUUGGUUACAGUUUACACUCAUACACUUGAUGUUCAAGUGCGACAAUUCCUAUGCAAAUCGUGUCGGGUGGUUUUUUUUACUUUUCUAAUAAAAGUUGUCUUGAUUGAUAACC